AUGGCCGAACCCAAGGCCUCAGAUGCCAUCACGCCGGUGGAUGUCUUUCCCGAAUAUGGUUACUCUUCAGCCGCUGGACCGGGCUCGGACUCAUCCACGACCAAGGUCAUUCAAAAUGCAAAGGCAGCCACGGAGAAGGAACGGUCUAUGACAUUGACACAGGGUAUCCGGUUGUACCCCAAAGCCGUUUUUUGGAGCGUGCUCAUCUCUACUUGCAUUGCCAUGGAGGGUUACGAUAUUAGUUUGGUCAACAACUUCUAUGCCUUCCCGCAGUUCAAUCGCAAAUAUGGUGAGAUGCUGGCCGAUGGCACAUAUCAAGUAUCCGCUGCGUGGCAAGCAGGUCUGAGCAACGGUGCCUACUGCGGCGAGAUCAUCGGUCUAUUCAUCAACGGCUGGGCUUCAGAACGAUUCGGUUACCGGUACACAAUUAUGUCCUGCCUUGUACUUGUUAGUGCCUGGACGGCAAUCUUCUUCACGGCCAAGAAUGUGCAUGCCCUGCUUGCAGCGGAGAUUCUCUGCGGUAUUCCCUGGGGUGUCUUUCAGACUUUGACGAUUACCUAUGCCUCGGAGGUGUGUCCUGUGGCGCUGCGAGGGUAUUUGACGACCUAUGUCAAUUUCUGCUGGGGCCUUGGCCAGCUUAUCGGCAUCGGUGUGAUUAAGGGCAUGUUGAACCGGGAGGACGAAUGGGCAUACCGGAUUCCAUACGGACUGCAGUGGAUGUGGCCGCUGCCGCUCUUCAUUGGUAUUUGGCUUGCGCCCGAAUCCCCAUGGUGGUUGGUUCGGAAAGGCCGCACUGAAGAUGCGAAACGGGCCCUUCUCCGUUUGACUACCAAAAGUCAGGGUCAGGAUGGGGAUUUCGAUCCGGAUGAGACUGUCGCUAUGAUGGUUCAUACUACCGCCCUGGAGGAAAAAAUCACCCAGGGUGCGAGCUACUUGGAUUGCUUCCGGGGCACUGAUCUCCGCCGCACAGAGAUUGUCUGUAUGGUCUGGGCCAUCCAAAAUCUCAGUGGAAACUCCUUCUCCAACUACUCGACCUACUUUCUAAAACAGGCCGGGUUAGACUCCUCUAACUCUUACAACUUUGCUAUGGGUCAAUACGGAAUCAAUAUGGUUGGCGUUUUUGGAUCAUGGUUCCUUAUGACACUCGGAAUCGGCCGGCGGACAUUAUGUCUGUACGGUCUCUGUGGUCUGUGCACCAUGCUAUUGGUCAUGGGCUUCCUUGGCCUUGUUCCCAAAGAACACAGAGACCAAGGCUCCCUGGCCACAGGUUCAAUGAUGUUGAUCUGGGCCCUAUUCUACCAGCUGACCGUUGGAACGGUCUGCUUCUCCCUUGUUGCCGAACUUUCCACCCGCCGACUUCAAAUCAAGACAGUCGUGCUGGGCCGCAACCUGUACAACAUUGUCGCUAUCGUCUGCGGCGUUCUGACCCCUUACAUGCUGAACCCCGGCGCCUGGAACUGGGGCAACUACGCCGGUUUCUUCUGGGGUGGCAUCUGCUUCCUGUGCAUCAUCUACACGUACUUCCGUGUUCCCGAGCCUCGUGGCCGCACGUUCGCCGAGCUUGACCUGCUCUUCGAGCGCGGUGUCAGCGCUCGCAAGUUUGCGACCACCCAAGUGGACGUGUUUGAUGAGACCAUUGAGAGUCAAGUCAUUGAUGAUUACCGGGCAAAUAAAAACACCCGAACCGAUGAAUGCGAAUUGGAGAAAAAUCACGGUUCGAUAUGA